AUGAAUACAGUCCAAUGUCUGCAUGCUCGGUACACCCCAAUUAAUGUGCUGGCUGCUCAGGGCAACACCGGGAAAGUUGAAGAGGCUGAUGGUUGCAAAAGUUUGCGUGUACCAACACCACUGCAGUUGGUGACAAAUGCUGACGCCACUGGAAUCCAUCGAGGUUUUGCAGAUUCUGCCGUGCUGACAGCCCAAGGUAUGGGCAGGAUGCUCCAAAGGUUUGGGGCGCCAAAAGAUCCUACUCCCCAAGCAGCUUGGAAGACAUUUGUCUUCGCGGGUGAUGCUUUGAAAGCAAAUGAGGCGGCCUUUCGGGCUGAAUGCUUGGAACUUUUUCAGAGCAACACGGAAAAACAACUUGCCAUACGAUUUCGCUGCGCAAUUCAUCAGAUUUGUCUCAUUCGAAAGCCAGUAGUCCUGUCAGUUCCAAAACUAUGGAGUACGGUUGUCCGGCUCUCUCACCUGUUUGAAACUAUGUCAUUCCGCAAAUCUCUGGCGAGAGCCUUGACCAACUAUGUUUCAAAAAACUUUGUGUACCUGCAAGUGACAAAGCUUCCAGAAGAAUCUUGCCAAUGGCAGAAAACCCACCAGAGAUUGAGGGCCUCUGUUCAAUGUUCAUCCAAGCUGUUGAAGAAAACCUUUCAUGCUUGCUUGGAUUUUCUCAACGGUGACUUGUCUUCUGACUGUGUAUUCCACUAUUGCAUUCAAAAGCAAGACGGGAAGCCAUGUUGCAAUGGGUAUGCUGAUUCCCUGAUGAAAUGCUUGAAGUUGAUCAUUCCCUCUCUGUCAAGAGGAUACCCGGUCCCUCUUCUGUACCGCUUUAAGCACUACGACGAAGCCAUAUCAUACAUUGUUUUCGGAACAACGCUGCAUGGGUUGUUAGCCAAAGCCUUGGGGGCGAUGGAUUUUGGGAAGGAUGCAGCAUGCAAAGACCAGCAGUCUGACUUGGUGGACAAGCUUCUUGCAGAUGGAGAGAUUGAUUUUGAUAGCCAAAAAGGAGCAGAGGGCAGGUUCAUUGAUGACUUGUUUCCAAACAACGGUGAUGGCUUCCGUGCAUACAAUGCCAAACGCAGAGAGCUUGUGCAGCAGGAAAUUAUGCAGGAAAAGUUUUUGGAGGGCUCACAGAUCAUUACUUUCAUGAUACAGCCCAUGGACCACCGGAUCAACAAGCUUUUUGCUAGAAGUGCAGAGCUGACCAAGCUUGCACUCUUUGGAUCAGAAGAUGAAUCUUGGAGAGAGAUUACGGCCCAGAGCAAAGACUUGUUUUUGUCAAUGGUGUCUGGUGGCUUUGGCUGGAGCAUCAUUGAGGAGUACAUUGAGAUGACAACUCACCGCCUGGGAUGCUUAGCGGCGACAGGGGUCAAUUUGAAGUCUUCUGGGACUCUGCAAACUAUAUUCUCCAUGAUGAUCCUCAUUGUUUCAGAUACCUGGAAGCGGUUUGUGCAUGACUACUCCGCAUGUCCAUACAAAAUUUUUGAGUUGUCGUCUGUGGAUUUGAAGACUUUCGUCAAAAAGUGGGACAGCUUCCAUGAAGAGAUGGCAUUUUGUAGCGCGUGUUUCGACGAUGCCUUUAGUAAGAAAUUGCUCUGCGGAUUUCCAAGUCAGUUGGCCACGCAGCCAGAAGAAGUGCAAAAGUCUGUCCAAUGCCAGGUGCAGUUGUUACUCCACGACCUUGCAACGCAUUCACCGGUGAGCUCUGAUGCAGUGGAAAUCAAAAAUGGAAAUGUGCAACACAUUGCCAGUCACAGAGGGAACAUGGUAGUGAAAACACCUGUAGCUGCAAAAGAAUCAUCUUUUCUUCAAUCUGCCAUUCGCGACUUUGAGCUCGCCCGGCACUGGGUGGAAGAGCGGACUCUCCCAGGCAAGGCGACAGUUUCCGGAAUUUUGAGAAUGCAUGGUGCAUCUGGCGGCUCAAAUCAAUAUUCCACUGGGGAUCGGUCAAGUAUUCUUUUUCUCUUGGCCCCUGCAGUGUUUGGGCUGCUGAUUCCAUACCAGGUUGCUGCAAGACAAAAAAGAGACAAAAGAAUGGCUGUGCAGCAUGAGGCAGAGCUCGCCUCUUCGAAACUUCGGCGGCUCAGUGCAUGGAACGUUUUUCAGCGACACAAGCUUUCUGACAUGGGCUCUCUCAAUCCAGAAGAAUACAAACAGGCUGUGGCCUCCCUGUCAGAAGAUUGGAAUGCCCUCCCAUAUGAAGACAAAUCCGCCUAUGAGAUCCAAGCCCAAUUUGAAGAGCUUGCACGGUGUGAACUGAAGGGUUUGCCAUUAGGUGUGAAAGGGGAGCCCAAGACACAGCUGGAAGAGUCAGUGGGGACGAGUGCAUUGAAGAAGUUAUCCAUGGGCAGGCUGCGCCACAAUUUCAGCAAUCUCGAUAAUGAUCCUUUGUGGUCAAACCCAGCCCAACUUGGCGAGAGUACUGGAGCUUUAAAGCAGCAGUUCAUUGACAUGGAGACGCCCCUUGCUGACUGUCAGGCCUUCCUUAGAGAGCGCUUUCAUUCCACUACCCUCAGCCCCAUGCUCGCUGACAAGGGGCCCAUGACAGAGCAGGGAACUGACAGGGAAGAUGAAGUCCAGGAUGACCCAAGUUGCAUUACGUGUGACAAACUGUGCCAUACGAGGUUUGGAGGCGUGUGCGAGAAGUCUAAGCGCCGGAUGUUGUCUUCAAAGCUGCCAGAAGUUUUUGGCAGGGCACUGAUUGAUCAUCAUUUGAAAGUUGGCCACCUCCUGCUGUUGAAAACAGAGGCAGAUGACUUCUUAGGGUUUCUUGGGGUUUGCAUGAAAAAGCCACGGUUACACAUUCUGAUCGAAGCAACAGCGGAUCCAGUCACAAAUGAGGUUCAGCUGGUAGACCCACGAUUGUUUUGGACUAGCCACCAGCUUUUUGAGAGAAUGGUUGUGGACGAACAGAGCAAAUGUGUGACAGUUGAGGUGUUCAAGUACGCGUUGGUUCUGGAAAAUGAUGUUUUGAAAAUAUGCCAGGGCGCUUCUGUCAAUACUUUCAAGCUGGACCCAUCUACAAAGGUUCAUGUCCGGAAGAAGCAGCUGAGGCUGCCGUUUGGGUUGAAAUCAAAGAGAGAGCCAAAACGCAGGGCAAAGCGCGCAGCAAAGCCCACAAAGAGAAAGGAAACAGGAAACAGAAGCAGGACGCCCCAGUUGCCGUUGAGAGUGAGCAACCUUUGGGCUCAAAAAGCCCAGGCCCAUUGCCUUCAAGUUCGUCCACCAAUUCCACUUCCUCCUCCUCUUCAAGUAGCUCAAGAUCAGACGCAGAGAGCGGUGGGGAGGUGGAGGAGCCCCUGCCCUUUUCAGAUGAUGUUGUCAAAGAGGAAAAGAGGGCCCGCGCCAUCGUUGAGAGACAUGAUGCCCUUGUUGCUGCUCAGGUAA